GGAACUUUCGAUUGCAUUCGAGCGUAUAAUUACCGCGGUUCCGUCAAUUUUUCUUCAGUAACUCGCGAAUUUGUAACGCAAAAUGAUACCUUACGUUCGCUCUUAAAAUCAAUUUAAGAGACGAUCGGUCUUUGGUGUUAAUAAGAACGGUAUGUUACGGAGCCGUGUUCUACCAAGAUUCCGCCUUCAUAAACAUCGUAGAAUCAAGAACAACCGUAUGAUCAUAUAGCAUUAAAUAAAAAAGGAAUUUAAAGAAUCGCUUAAAAUAGACGAAGAUAAAGCAGGGUGGUUUUGAAGUUUGAAAAUUGAAUUGAUAAAAAUAUUACCAAGUACAGACACUUGGAAGUUCAUUAUACAAAUGACUGUUUUCAAGAAAUUAUUUGGCAAGUACCUUUUGAUCACAAACACUGUUAGUUGUGGCUUGAUGAUGGCAGGGGCGGAUAUGAUCCAGCAACGUCGUGAACACUGGAAAAAGAGCAAUGAGUACUUGUCAAGCAGAAGUUGUGUAAUAGCAGCCUCCCUGGACGAUGAACAGGAAGAGGAGUUCAGCAACACCGCAGUCUCCAAAGCGAACAUGUAUAUGCACAAUUAUAUGCGAACUAGAAACAUGACAGCCGUGGGCUUACUUCAAGGACCUUUCCACCAUUGGUUCUACAUGAUGCUGGACAAAAUGUUACCUGGCAGGACUGCGCUGUCCGUUGUUAAAAAGAUGUGUCUCGAUCAAACGAUCGCCAGUCCCACUUGCUUAGGUAUAUUCUUCGUAGGUCUUGGCGUGUUAGAGCAUCGCCAGAUCAAGGAGAUCUACGAGGAGUUGAAAAUGAAAUUAUACGACACGUGGAAAGUUGAUUGCUGUUUUUGGCCUCCUACUCAAUCCGUGAAUUUUUUCUUCAUUCCUCUCCGCUAUCGAGUACUAUACACGAACUUUAUGACAAUGAUCUAUGAUAUUUUCUUGUCGUAUAUUAAAUACGUAAGUACUAUUUUCCUUGCAUGUUCAGAUACAAUUUUUCUCUUACAAUUCAUUAAUUUCACAGGAUGCUCAAUAUGACCAAUGACAAAUCUCAGGGGACUGAACCAGUUGAAAUCACUGGAAUUAUUAAUAUUCGUUUCAUUGUAAUUACUUAUAGCUAGUAUUGUAAUGCCAUUCAAUGUAUGUUGUAUAUGUAUUAUAAGAAACAAAGCUAACUGCAAAUAAACUAACUUUUGUAUAAUA